GGUUGCGUUGCAUCUCUUUGCGGUCGUGUUGCGUCUCUUAGCAUCUCUUUGUGGUUGCGUUGCAUCUCUUUGCGGUCGUGUUGCGUCUCUUCAUAUUUCUUUGUGGUCGCGUUCAAUUCAAUUCAAUUCAGUUUAUUUUGUAUAUAUCACAAAUUACAAAUUUGCCUCAGAGGGCUUUACAAUCUGUACACAUACGACAUCCCUGCACACAACCUUUUUACUUUUGCUGAGCUGGGAUUGGACAAUCACUGUUCAGGGGCGGGGUUAAGACUAACACUUUACAGACCGGUCACAUGACGAAGGAUCUUUAAACAUUUCCAUCAUCUCUGAAUCACAUUGGGGGAGGAACACACACACACACACACACACACUCACACACACUCACACACGUUGGUACGUCUAUACUUGUGGGGACAUAAUUCAUGUAAGCAUCACAUCUGAACCUUUAAAUCCCUGAACUGAAACUAGACCUGAUUCUAACCUGAACCCAGACAACAUGUCCUCACUGAGGAAAUCUGAAAUCAGUCCCAACAAAGACAAACAUACCAGUCUCUCUCUCACACACACACACACAUCUGGAUGCCAUCAGUGGAUGAUGGAAGUCGUCACAGUCGACUGAGAUCAGAUAACACAAACGGACUGCUAAGUUUCACAGCAGUGAUAGUGCCGAUCCGAAUGCUACAACUACCAGUGUACUACAAGAGUACAGGAGCGUGUUACUGUAUUACAAGAACACUGCUGCUGUGAAACCACAAGGCUGUUAGAGGAAGUGGCAAGAGAGCUGCUCUGUUCACGGAAUCAGAAAAACUCAGAAACAAAACCGUAAAAAAGAAAAGGGGUGUAAGAACUUGAAGAAGGAAAACCAGAGAAGUAGAAGAAGAACAAGAAAAAUAAGAAGAAGAAGAAGAAAAAGAAGAAUUGAAGGCAGAGAACAUGAGGCUCUUUUUCGGGACUCUUGUCUUCGUUUAUCUGCUGUCGUCCAUCUGCAGCGUGUCUCCAACAUCUCGUCCUGAAGAGGAAUGUUCCAGCAUGUCCUUCCGUCUGCGUGCGUUCAGGCUGAAGACGAAAUGUAACUUCACCACCCUGAAGGAGAAGCAGCUGAAAGAGAUCCAGGCUCCGACCACCAACCUUUACCUGCCGGUCCUCUACCUGCUGGCCUUCCUUGUGGGUCUGCCCUCCAACCUGCUGGCUCUGUGGGUUCUGCUGUUCAGGACCAAACCGCUGCCGUCCACCGCGCUGCUCAUCAACCUCACGGUUGCCGACUGCCUGCUGCUGCUGGUGCUGCCGUUCCGCAUCGUGUACCACUUCAGAGGGAACCACUGGGAGCUGGGCGAGCCCUUCUGCCGGGUGGUCAUGGCCAUGUUUUACGGCAACAUGUACGGGUCCGUGCUGUGUCUGGCGCUGGUGGCGCUGGACCGAUACAUCGCUCUAGUUCACCCGUUUGGCGCCAAGACGCUGCGCGGCCGGCGGACGUCCCUGUACAUGACGGCGGCGGUGUGGGCGACGGUCCUGGCCGCCAUGCUGCCGCUGCUGGUGACGCGGCAGACCUACGUGCUGGACGAGCUGCAGAUCACCACCUGCCACGACGCGCUGCCCGAGGAGGACCAGGAGAACUACUUCCUGCCGUACUUUGCCAGCUUGUUCACCUUCUGCUUCCUGCUGCCCUUCCUGGUGGUGCUGUACUGCCACGGCGCCGUGCUACGCACCCUGCUGGCCGAGGGGAAGCGGUACGGUCACGCCGUCCGGGUCACGGUUCUGGUGCUGCUGGUGUUCACCGUGUGUCUGCUGCCCAGCAACAUCCUCCUCCUCCUCACCUACGCAGACAGCUCGCUGGACGGAGACGGCGAGGACAUCUACGUCCCCUACAUGGUUAGCUUAGCAGUUAGCACCUUCAACAGCUGCAUCGACCCCUUCAUCUUCUACUUUGUGUCAGUGGAGUUCCGGGAGAAGGCCGAGGAUGCUCUGUGUUGCCGUGGCGACUCAGAGGACAAUCGCUCUUCUCUGGGAAACAAGGUGUCGUACUCUUCAUCAUCGUCAGGCCUGGGGUCAAAGGUCACCGUGCUGUCCAAGUCCAGUCGGUGUGGGACAUCGGAGACCACUUGAGGAGGCGUCACACUGUGAUUAUUUUCAUUAGCGAUUUAUGUGCCAAUUGUUUUAUUAGUUAUUCAAUUAAUAUUUGGUCCGUCAUCGCGGCUGAGAGCUGCGUUGAAUCUGUCAUUUGAAGUGUGAAUUAUUAAUUUAUACCAAUUUCUAAUGAUUUUAUUGAUUCAUUUGUCAAAAGUGCGGCAUUGGUUUAAUGGGAACCUCACGUACCAUUUAAG